AUGGGAGCAGCUGCGGCGGCCUUGGCCGCGGCCCCGGGCAAGCUGCGGGCCGUGUUUGCCCACACGGGGCACACGGGCCCGGCCCGAGCCCGCCCGGCGGAUCCAGGGCCGCUCCCCGCGGGCAGCCACCCGCACACCCGCGGACACGCCGAGCGGCUGUUCCCUCACGGCUCCCGCACACCCGCGGACACGCCGAGGGGUUGUUCCCUCACGGCUCCCGCGAACACGCCGAGGGGUUGUUCCCUCACGGCUCCCGCACACCCGCGGACACGCCGAGGGGUUGUUCCCUCACGGCUCCCGCACACCCGCGGACACGCCGAGGGGUUGUUCCCUCACGGCUCCCGCACACCCGCGGACACGCCGAGGGGUUGUUCCCUCACGGCUCCCGCACACCCGCGGACACGCCGAGGGGUUGUUUCCUCACGACUCCCGCACCCGGGGCUGCCCCGCACCGGGCCCGCUGCCCCGACCGGCUCCGUGCCGCUCUCCCGGGCACGUUGUUUCUCGCAGAUUUACAGCGGGAGAUUUGCGGCUGGGGCUGACCUUUCUUCCUCCGUGCGGGGAAAUGUUUGUCUUGCCAGUUCCAUGAAAGUUUCCAGAAGUUCUAGCUAACUAACUGUUGCACCUAUUCUGUUGGCUGCUGGUACCCAGGACAAGUUUCUGUUGCCCAGAGAUAAGAGACUCAUUCCCACAUGUUGUGCAGCAGGAGUGCCCAUAUUUCCCAGCUGAUAAAGGAAAUCUCCAGAAGUACAGAGAAAUGGUUUUGUGGGAAUUGUUGGAUGGAUUGCAGAGUCCACAGUGUCAUGUGUGGAAAAGGUUGCACAUAACUGCUGAGAAUGAUGCAUGCAGUAAAUGCU